GACAGGAAGAAGCGUGGCCGUUGGUAGCCCGGACAGGAGCGGCGGGGCCCAGCGGCGGCCGCCCGCGAUGUCGGGCAACGGCUGUACUUUCGCAGACCGGAGCGUGACCGUGCUGUGCUGCCGCUUCUGCCAACAGGUGCUGAGCUCGCGGGGGAUGAAGGCCGUGCUGCUGGCCGACACCGACACCGACCUCUACUCCACCGACAUCCCGCCCUCGGGCACCAUUGACUUCAUUGGCAGCUGCUAUUUCACUGAGAUCUGCAAGUGCAAACUGAAGAACAUCGCGUGUUUGAAGUGUGGUAACAUUGUCGGUUAUCAUGUGAUUUCUCCCUGCAAACCUUGCCUGCUAUCCUGUAAUAAUGGUCACUUCUGGAUGUUCUAUAGCCAAGCAGUCUUUGGCAUCAACAGACUAGACUCUUCUGGUGUGAAUGUAUUGCUCUGGGGCAACUUGCCAGAUUUGGAGGAAAACACAGAUGAAGACAUGUCAUGCAUCUCUGAGGAGGAGUAUAUCAGAUAACAUUUAUCUAAGAUACACCACAGUAUUUCCCCUAGAUACAUUGCACUGCUGUUUGUUUUGGAUUCUUCUUCCUGCUGGCCCAUCAGAGCUUCAACAAUAGAGGAAGCUAGGAAAUCUGGAGAGCAGCCCUAAAAAAGGAAGUUGUCAUCUUUUACUGUAGCCUGCCUUAAACUCUUACAUCUGCCUGGUGUGUACACGUUAUUCUGACCAGAGACAUGGCUUGAUGGGAUCUGCAUCUCUAAUACCUGGACAUGCAGACAGCAGGUGCAUUUACACUGAGGUCGUGGUCUGUUUUCCUUUUACCCUUAAAUCUCCACAAUUAACAUGCGUCCUUGACAGUAUUUUUCUUCUUUUCUAAAACAGUAUUAACAGAGAGGUCUUUCAGUUGCUGGAAAUACAGCUUAAAAGUCUUGAAAAAUAGUUGGUUUGGUUGAUGGAUAAUGGUCUGAAAGAGCUUUGCUUCUGUAGCCACAUAGACCACCCUCUGCCCAAAGCUUCUGAGCAUUCAAGAGCAGCCAAACAAAUGUCUUCAAGUGUUGUAGCUUUGGCUCUAUGAUCUCUCUCUUGCUUUUAGCAGCUUGUUCUCUAGACAUCUGAGGCAUGUAAGAAAGCUCCUGAGCAAUGACUGGAGAGCUGUCUUACUGAGUUUGCUUGUCUUCAUCUUUCAGUUCUUUUAGGAUCGUGUUUCUGCAGGAAUCAAGUUCAGAGCUCUCAGUUUCCUUCCCCCAUACACAUGCCAAUUAAACCUAAAUACUGAAAUUUGUUAUUGUCUAAUGUAACUUCGGGACUACAGCAGAGCUUUGGUUAAGAUCAACAUUGAAAUCCAUCCAAUUCUGUGUUGUUCUUUCUUGGUUUUGUUUUAGGCAUUUCUCUAUAAACAGAAUUCAGUCUGUUUCAAGAUAGGGGAAGAAAAUAAAUCAAGUUAAAUAUUCAAGGUUUGUGCCUAGCUUUAUCCCAAAGUGUACAGACACAUUCAUUCCUCUAAGAAGUAAUGGAUUUAAAGUUCAUUAUGUGAGUUGUUAGCCACAGUAUUUUAUUUGUUAACUAACCAUUGUCCCCUUCAGCUAAUUACCUGAAGGAUUAUCUUUGGAAAAUUCAAGUUACAGUCAUGUAAGAGACCUGACUACAUUUUUAAACUCUGAUUGAUGCUGAAUCAUUAAAUCAUUCCAUAACCUCUCACGAUGCUUUGAAGAGGUACAAUGAAGGCAGAUCUGACUUGUCUCACAUCUUGCAUUAUGCGUAUUCCUUAAUUAAUGGUGCUACCUCUUCUGUGUUGUAUAAAUGUAUAUUGAUGUGUAUAUAUUUGUGUGCCUAUGUAUAUCUGUAUGCCUCGUUUGGACUUCCCGUGCUGUGUUUGCUCAUGAAAUAAAAUGCUUGGAUUGUGUACUCUA